UUAAAUUGUUUUGCUUCGAUUGAGGUAUCAAGUUUCAAUUAGGAUUGUUCAUAUUUCUACCAUAUUGGUAACGUAUUGGAUUCUCAUGACAUGCGCAGCUACCCAUUCCCUGAAAUAUUUCUACACAGCGCUCCAACAAUCUACUGGCCUUCCAGAGUUCAGCACUGUUGCGUAUUUGGAUAAGCAACCAAUUUAUUUAUAUGACAGCUCUACAAUGGAAGUGGUAGCUCGACAGGAGUGGGUAAAAGGAGCUGUGGAUGCAGACUUCUGGAGAAGAAAUACACAACUUCUUAUGGACACUGAGAAGGUGUUCAAAACCAACAUGGACACUGCAAGAGCACGCUUCAACCAGACAAGUGCCCUUGCAUUGCAGAAAAUGUAUAGCUGUGAGUGGAAUGAGGAAACUAAUGCUAUAGAUGGAGAUGAACUGUAUGGAUAUGGAGGAGAGGACUACCUGACAUUUGAUCUGGAGCAAGAAAGAUGGAUUGCACCUGUUCAGCAGGGAUUAAACACCAAAAUGAAGUGGGAUGCUGAUGGUCCUAAGCUUAAAGCCAAAACUCAAUAUCUAACCCAUACCUGUAUUGAAUGGCUGAAGAAUUAUGUUUCUAAUCAAAGCAUGUGGGAUAGGAAAGUCCCACCGCAGGUAUCUUUGCUUCAGAAAGAACCCUCCGAUCGUGUGACCUGCCAUGCAACAGGCUUCUAUCCAGACGCUACCAUGAUAUUUUGGAGAAGAGAUGGAGUAGAGAUCCAUGAUGAUGUGGAGCAUGAAGAGACCCUGCCUAACGGGGAUGGGACGUAUCAGAAGAGAACCCAUCUCACUGUGUCCCCUGAAGACCUACAGAAGCACGACUACACAUGCACUGUCCAACACGUUAGCGAUGAUGUGGUUCUGUCUGCUAACAGGAACAGCAUUUGCAGCAACAGCAGGAAAUGCAACAGCAGCAAUACUCAAAGGCUGUACAUCUCCAUCAUCAUUGUCUCAGUGGUCUUUGCAUUGGUCAUCCUUGUUGUGGUUUUCAUAAAGAUAAAGAAGUUCCGCAACGGAAAAGAACAAACGUCUGAAAAGGAAAAACAAUGUGCAACAAGUCUCCUGGAGAAGGGUGUUCUUCUGCUCAACGAUGGUUCUGACAGAACGUCCAACAGAAACAGAACAGUUUACUCUGAGUCUUCCUGCUCUGCCGACUCUGGCGGCUCUGCCGACUCUGGCGACUCUGGCGGCUCUGCCGACUCUGGCGGCUCUGCCGACUCUGGCGGCUCUGCCGACUCUGCCGACUCUGGCGGCUCUGCCGACUCUACAAAGCCUCUUAUCAAGAAAUAACAUUAAAAAGGAUGGAAAACAAGCCAACUGCAGUUGGAGUGUCUUCUUUCGUGAUCUUGGAGACCUCAAUUAUCCGUGGAGUUGCAAACUAUAUCAGAGGGUUUGGAAUUUGUGAAUUCAGUAUAUUGGCUACCAUCCAAAGCUCUCAAAGUACUAAUGUACGCACAAAAAAGACAACUUCCUGAUAUUAGGGCUGGCACAAUUGUCAUAUAGCCGUGUAACCGACAAUGAAAUCAAAUCAAAUCAAAUUUUAUUUGCCACAUGCGCCGAAUACAACAGGUGUAGACUUUA